CCUUUUUAGCUCCCUUCCGCUUCCAUUCUCUUCUCUCCCCUGAACUCCCUGUCCUCGGAUCUUCACUUUUCUCUCUUAAUUUUGUUUACCAUAAUUUUUUAUUCAAUAUUUCCAUUGUUAGAAACAUCUUCAAGCUGGCCCUCAUCUGAAAAGCCUUAGGGCUCAGAAGCAAUGGGUUCGGAUGCAGAUAUGGAGGAUUAUGGGUUCGAGUACUCGGAGGAGGAACCUGAAGAGCAAGAUGUGGAUAUUGAGAACCAGUAUUACAACUCCAAAGGAUUGGUGGAGUCUGAUCCCGAAGGAGCUCUUGCUGGAUUUGCUGAAGUAGUUCGAAUGGAGCCCGAGAAGGCUGACUGGGGAUUCAAGGCUCUGAAGCAAACGGUUAAGCUCUAUUAUCGACUGGGGAGGUAUAAAGAGAUGAUGGAUGCAUACAGGGAUAUGUUGACAUAUAUUAAAUCGGCUGUAACUCGAAAUUAUAGCGAGAAAUGCAUAAACAACAUUAUGGACUUUGUUUCUGGCUCAGCAAGCCAGAACUUUGACCUUUUGCAAGAAUUUUAUCAGACCACACUGAAGGCGCUUGAAGAAUCAAAGAAUGAGAGACUUUGGUUUAAGACGAAUCUUAAGCUUUGCAAGAUAUGGUUUGACAUGGGUGAAUAUGGGCGCAUGAAUAAGAUUCUGAAGGAGCUUCACAAAUCUUGUCGAAGAGAAGAUGGGUCUGAUGAUCAGAAGAAAGGCACUCAACUGUUGGAGGUCUACGCUAUUGAAAUCCAGAUGUACACUGAAACAAAGAAUAACAAAAAACUCAAGCAAUUGUACAACAAAGCUCUCUCUAUAAAGUCAGCAAUACCCCAUCCUCGGAUCAUGGGAAUCAUUCAUGAAUGUGGUGGAAAAAUGCAUAUGGCGGAAAGACAAUGGGCACAAGCAGCCACAGAUUUUUUUGAGGCUUUCAGAAACUAUGAUGAAGCCGGGAAUCAGCGGCGAAUUCAGUGCCUUAAGUAUUUGGUUCUGGCCAACAUGCUAAUGGAAUCUCAAGUAAACCCUUUCGAUGGCCAAGAAGCCAAGCCAUACAAAAAUGAUCCAGAAAUAUUGGCAAUGACAAAUCUCGUGGCAGCAUACCAGCGUAAUGAGAUUUUAGAGUUCGAGAAAAUAUUGAAGAGCAAUAGACGAACGAUUAUGGAUGAUCCAUUUGUCCGGAAUUAUAUUGAAGAUCUCUUGAAAAAUAUCAGAACCCAGGUUCUACUUAAGCUCAUCAAGCCAUACACGAGAAUUCGAAUUCCAUUCAUAUCAAAGGAGCUUAAUGUGCCGGAAAAAGAUGUUGAGCAGCUCCUGGUUUCCCUCAUUUUGGACAACCGCAUUAAUGGCCAUAUUGACCAAGUUAACCGACUUUUAGAACGGGGUGACAGGUCAAAGGGGAUGAAGAAAUAUACAGCCAUAGAGAAAUGGAAUACUCAGCUUAGAUCAUUGUACCAAACAGUCACCAAUAGAAUAGGUUGAGACUCAAAAAGUUCCAAUUUUUAUCAGAGGACCAAUUUUUAUCCGUCCUGAGCUUCAUUUUUUGGAUUAUAAUUAGAGCAUGUCAAAAAACAGAACCUGUUGCUGGUAGGGGAAGUUGUGGGUGUAUUUGAUUGUGUAUAGCUAGUGAGAGAAAAUAGAAUUGUAAGCUUAUUUGCGGGCGAGGUUUUUUUUUUUUCAAUUUUUUUUUUAGUAUAUAUCCCACAACAUUACAAUUGAUCAGAAGAGUAGUAUUAUUUGAAAUACUACCAUUGAUUGUCA